UUAAUGAGUAACAGGGUUAUUUCUCAAUAACUCAUAGGCCUACUCAUGGACUUGCACUUUGACUUGGAUACAAUUACAAAUUAUAGCAGAUGAGAAAGUAGAUAGGAAUGAAUAGAAGUUGUAGAAUGUUUUGUCAUCUUCGUGUUGGCGUGUACAAAAUAAACUGCAGAAGCUUUGGUGUAAUUUCACAAGCGUCUUUAGACAGCAAUAGAAAUAAUGGCCAUGGAUUUGCAUUUUUACAUAUACAACAAAAUCAAACUUCAAAGCGUGGGAUUCAUAUGGUGGGAAAGACUCCAUUAUUUCUUAUUAAUAACAAGACAAACUUAUCAAAUCUGAAGCCCCAAAUUAGACGUGCAUCUUUUAUGGAAAACUAUAUUGAAAUUGUAAGCAACAAUGCUGUUGUAAAGGGAUGCGAGGACUGCCUUUUGUACCUCCAUAAUUUGACAGGGUUGCCAUGGUGGAUUGAUAUAGUUCUUACAGCCUGCAUUUUAAACCUAACGUUCAGAUUACCUCUGACAAUAUGUACUAUGAAACAGAAAGUGAAACUUCGAACAGUUUAUGAAAAACUUAUGUCAUCUAUGCCUCAAAUGACAAAGAAGUAUAAAAUGGAAGUGUUUAAAAAAAAGCUUGGACUACUAGAAGCAAAAAAGUUGAUGGUCAACAUUUAUCAAGAGAAGGAAAGAGAAUUAUUUAUUGAACACAAUUGUCAUCCAAGAAAGGUGACGGUGGCUGAAUUAUCAACGAUACCACUUCUUCUUGGAGUAUCGAUUGCAUUUAGAAAUCUUAGUGGAAACUCUGUUAGUUCUUUAUUUUCAGCGUCUAUAGCAAAGAGUCCAGAAUUGAUGACUGAAGGUAUUUUAUGGUUUCCAAAUUUAGCAAUUCCUGAUCCUUAUUUUAUAUUACCAAUGUUAUUGGGUGUGCAGAGUUUAAGAAGAGAUUAUGUUUUAAGAUCCACAGCUCCUAAAGGAAACAAUACUAGUGUUUGGAUUAAGUAUUUUAUGACUGGUUGUAGUGUACUUUUCAUGUUCAUCGCAACAGUUUGCCCAACGUGUAUGGUUCUGUAUUGGAUUUGUAAUGGAUUUUUCUCCAAUAUGAUUCGAUUAGGAUGUAAUUUACCACAAGUUAAGAAGUUUUUUAAAGUAGACAUACCACUUCAACCAUUAAAAACAAAUCCAUCUAUUGCACGUUAUGUUAAAGCAUUAAAUGAAAGAAAAAAGUGAUAUUGUACAAAAAUAUUCUUAAAUAUAAUAUUAAAUUUUUUUCUAAAG